CUGUCUUUUGAACAAUUCAAUAUUGUAAAAAAAAGUUUGUAUUAUAAUUAUUGUAUUACGAUUAAUCGAUCGAAAUAUUUUUAUACAAUGGCGUUAAGAAGAAUGUUCAAGACCCUGCAGGUAUCGUGGAUCGAGCCGGCGAACAGUGCUAUCCAGAAGAAAUUCUUUCACACAUCUCCGGCCGUGUUUGGAGCAAAAAAAGUGGUUACGAGCAAUUUAGACACCAAGCGGGAGUGGAAUAGUUGUUUAACUAAAAGUCUUGUUGGAAGCUGUACCAACUCAAGCUAUGAGGAUAUGGCAAGAUGUGUCACUAUAGCCAAGCAAGCCUUAGAUCAUGGGCGUAAAUCCAGGAUUCCGUUUAAUGUUACUCCUGGAUCGGAACAAAUCAGAGCAACGAUUAAAAGAGAUGGAAUUGUAUAUAAAAAUAUAAUUACUGGACUUAAAGAUGCCAAUGCAGCAACGCAUGCUUUUAUCACUUCUCCAGAGCUAGUUACUGCUUUAGUCAUUGAACCUCGUUUGGACUUUGAUCCUACAAAAGAUUCAAUCAAGGGAGCUGAUGGUAAAGAGUUUACUUUAGAACCACGUCAUUUAGUUGGAUUUAACCGAUUGACCCCUGUCAAGCCUUUGAAAUGCACACUGUCUUAACUCUUUGUUAAAUAUUUUACGAACUGAAGGCUUAAAUGUUCCCAAAGAUGGACGAACUUUAAUGAAAACUCCUUCUAAAC